UCAAUCAGACAACACACAACCAGGAAGGAAGUAUUAUAAUGUGACGCCAUAGUAUUACCCAUUCAGGACAUUUACACGAGUUGAAGUAUCUCAUAAAAGCAUCAAGUGUGUUAUCCUGAACCGUCUCUUUUGUUUGAAGUGUUUACUGGAACACUUUACGCACAUCGAUUAAUUUAAGAUGGGAUACAUGGCAGUAGAGGACCAAAGCGCCACAAUGCUGCACCUAAAGAGAACGCCUGGUGUCCGUUCCUGGUCUCUUUGUGUUGGAAUGGCAUCAAUUGGGUUGGCGGCUGCAUACUACAGCUCUGAUAGCAUCUUGUGGAAGCUUUUCUAUGUGACUGGCUGUCUGUUUGUGGCCAUGCAGAACAUGGAAGAAUGGGAAGAGGCUGUGUUUGACAAAGCUAAGAAUGUGAUCGAACUAAAAACCAUAAGUUUGUACACUUUAGUGCUGACGAUGAGGAAAAAGGGACAAGAGAAAGUUGUGUUGGACUUGAGUCAUCUGCAUGACGUCUGCAUCCAAGAAGAAAGGGUCCGUUAUUUGGGGAAAGGCUACCUUUUGAUGUUACGUCUGGCUACAGGUUUUUCCUACCCCUUGACUCAGAGUGCCACACUUGGGGGGCGCAGCGAUGUGGAGGCACUAGCUGCACUGCUGAAGCGCUUCUUGGGGCUGGAGGAGCGACGACAGCAGGAUGACAAGGCAGAGUACACAGAGGCGGACGCGGACUCUUUGGGUAACAGUAGUGAUUCAGACGAAGAAAAAGAAAAACCUUGACCUUAACACGGGGUAUAAAGUGAAAAAAAUUGGAAAUACGGAUUUUGGGAUGUUACCACUGUGCAGACGUAACAUUGGGUGAAGUUAUUAUGAUGCCUUUAUUGCAUGGUAUGAUUACCUUCAUACUUUAAAUACUUAGAUGUGUUUUAUUAUUAUUUUUUUUUACAAUUUGCCUUAUUUAGGAAAUUAUUUCUGUGUACGUAUGUUGGACUUUUCUGUGUAAUUUACUAAACACUGCAGACUACAGAUGAACAGUUUCUUCCUACUGAACCCUAACCGGUAUUUAUUGUGUACUUUAACAGAAAGAGCUAUUCCCACAAUUUACUAAACCUCUCAGUUGUUUUAUAUUUACACACACCCAGCUGUCAAAAAGGAUAAAUGCAUGCACAAACUGUAGUUAAGAGUACCGGUACAUUACUAUACAGUAUGUGUGAACUUCCUCUGCCUGUUACUUCUCUGCUUGUUAACCAAAAACAUGUACAAGGGCUAUUCAACUAAAUUGUUUUGGGGGUCCCAUUUUUAGAAAGCUAAGCUAAGGUCUUUUCCUUUCACUAUUAAUCUUAUUUUGUUCAUUUCUGAAAACCAGCGUCCUUUAGAGGGGACAUUAGAUUUUGGUCUAUUUUUUCAGGGUUACAAAUUAUGGUGGUAAAAAUAGCUUUGUCUGUAGAACAGUAGCGUUCUCCUGUUUUUAAGACCUACUGCAAAAUACCCUUUUGACCUCAGGCCCCAACUUUUAAGUACAAAUCGACUCAGGGCCCACUUACUGUUAAUAUUAGCACAAAAAAUAGUAAUUUAACUCUUGGAUUUAAUUAUAUUCACUAAUCAGAUGUAACGUUCUUACAGUUUAACAGGUCUAAACCUUGUUAAAUGAUAUAAAACCAAAGUGUUAAUCACAAAGAUCUUUUUUAUUAUAAUCCAUAAACCACCACAUACAACAACAUGCUGAACAAGGGAUAAGGUUGAUAAAGACUAAUCGAUUAUAUUGCAAAAGAAGGAACUCUUAACAUUUUUAUGAAAAUACAUUUGCAUAUGCAGCGCUGAAAUAAAUAAAUUCAAACUGAAUCAAUAAAUAACAGUUAUGUAUCGGCCAAGAGACUGAUGCAUUAUGCGUGAAGUGGUGAAAAAGUCUUUAAAAACGAUGCGGCCCAAACAGACUACAGAUGAGAAACAAUUCAUACAUACAUACUGUAACUGUACAAAUAGGUAUAUGUGUACUUUUUCUGUCUUUUUUAUUUUUAUUCAUACACAUAGGCCCCAAGAUGCAUUUUUUCUAUCGAUGUGGCCCCUCAGUCAAAAUAUUAUACCAGGUCUUUCUUAUACCAUGAUUAUUUCAUAUACUUAUAAAAGGAAUACAGUCAUUUAUUAAAGUCAACAUAACACAGGUCUCAUUUGCUCUUUUUCCACCGAAUGAAUUUUCAUGAUUUUCUCACUCGUUUCGGGUUGUAAAUUGCUGUGAAAGUGUACCAACUUGUCGGAAUACCUACUCAGACCUCUUCUGGUCAGGUGAGAUGCAUGAUUUAUGUUCAACAAAAGCAGGGAAGCGAUAAAACAGCAGACCACUCGAUGAUGUAAACAUUGGGAUACACGGUAGUGAUCACGUCGCCGCUAUAAAUAAUUUGUCUGUAUUAGCGCUUAUAAUAACAAUGUCACUAAUACUUGGUUAAAAUUGAAGUCACAAAAUGUAAACGGAGAACUGUUGCCGUUUUUUAAUGGUUAUUUAUUGGAUUUUAUGGGUGAAAUAGUGGAGCUCCCAUUGGCUCUGCUAUAAGCUGACUUAUGUACGUUUAUUUAGUAUUUAGAAUGCAUUAAAAGAAACUCCAUCCGUCUUCAUGUCUUUCAUAAUGAUUGUGAACGAUAGGCAAAAUUCCAAAAAAGUGCAGUUUCCUUGAAAUUACAAACAGUUUAAUUCCACUUCCGGUUAUUUCAAUUCAAUAUCCUGUGAAGUGGAGGCAAGUACAUUUUUUAAAUUUGUCCAAUUAAUUAGAAUUGGAAUUUGGAAUUUUGUAAAAGCCUCCUGUAUCUAUAUUUUUGUUUAAGAAAAUAUUGGUAAAUUGUUGAAUUCCUGAAUUAGGUCUUUGUUAGAACAUGCAUACAUACACACACAAGUAAACUAUUGCCAAUUAAAAAUCAUUUUCAUUUAUUUUUUAGGAACCAUAUACAUGUUAUGUACUCCACAAUCUAAACAUGGUUUUCUUUUGCCUUAACAUUUAAAAUGCAAAUGGCGCAGUCCAGUACACCCCCGUGUACCCUUCAGCAGUGAUGAUUCUAUGGGCCUGUCUCCGGUGUGAAUGCUGUGAUUUCAUCAACAAUCCUCUGCAGUGGUACCAUUACCGGGCCAACAUGCUCCUCUAGCCACUCUUGUGCUGUUGAAUCUGGGUAAAGAUGACUCAUCCGCUCUCUUACUAUAUCCACCUUCUGUUGCAGCAGAGCCAAAUACCUUAGGAGACAUACAUCAUCAUAUUAUCAUUCCACAUGCACACAUUAAAUAUAGCUUGACUGCAACAUGAAAAGUGCUCACCUUGAUGCUUGACUGUGAAUCUGCAUAGCAAUAAGAGGAUUUACCAUUCUCCUUGCUCUAUGGUAGGGACUCAACCAUCCGCGUACAUACCUAUGUCAUACAGAUUCAAGUCUUUGUUAUACUCAUAUUUUUCAUCCCAUUACAGUUGGCACAUUGUAAAAGUUAAAUCAAGAAAUAUAAAGCAAAGAGGCACAAUGUGAAGACAAAAAACAAAUGAUGAAACUGUAGUAACAGCUGUUGCAAAGCUUUGUUUUUGAACAUCCAUCCAUCCAUCCAUUUUCCCACCGCUUGUCCCUUUUGGGGUUGUGGGGGGUGCUGGAGCCUAUCUCAGCUGCAUAUAUUCCUAAUUUUAUUUUGCUUUUUUGCAUUACUAAGACAUCUAUUUUGAAACUUUAACGUGGCCCAUCCUUUAAUUUUUUCCAUGUGUCCCUUGUGAAUUGUGAUUAGUUUCUUUUUAUACUCUUGGCAAAACGUGCUAUGCGUAGGAAGCCCUGUUUUGCUUGAAGUGCAUGUAAUAAGUCAACUAUGACAGGGCGCUUCAUAUGACAUACUAUAAAAAACAUAUUCCUAGCCUCUUCCUGCUCUGUCGCUGACAUGAAUAUAAAGUCAAUUAGUUUUGGACAGAACCGCGAUAAAUGAAUUUCUGGCAAAGUAGGAAUUAUCAAUCAAAUAUUAUGCUAUAGAUAUUUUCAUAUCUAUAGCAUAAAACACUGUGUACACCAUUCUAAAUACAUUUGUCAACAUUAUGAGAACCCCUUUUACCUUGAAACUAUUUUAAUCCAAUAUAGUACUGCUGCCUGAGGCUGAGACAAUCAAUGGCCACAAUACUGAGCAGCACGACAAUUGGUUUGGUCUCCACUGGUCAAUACUAUAGUACUAAUAUUUUUUGUUUAUUUAGCCAUUUUUAAGCUUGAAAAUACUUAAUGCUGGAACAAAAAAAAAAUCUAGGUUUAUGCUCUAAGCAAAUAAACAAAUAUCCCCCAAAAAAUAGGCGAUGUGGUGAAGCGCGACCGUAAUGAUACAUUUCCCCAAACAUUAUCUUUGCCUCCCGUGGCAUACAGUGUUAGUACUGGGCUACUAAUUUGUCGAACAUGGAUCGAUUAUCGGUCAGGAAUUGUGCCACAAACAUGUGAAACUAUAUGUUUAUGUUUAGGUAAAUUAGUUUUUUGCACUUAAGCAUAAAUUGAAUAAUUAAUUUCCUAUGAAUUUUAGUACAUACAUGGAUCAAAUUAAAUUCAAGUUGGAUUUAGCUAGGGAUGUUAAAAUAUUUAUUUGGUAUGAAAACAAAUGUUUUUUAAAUACUGGACUGGCUUGUGUUCGACUUUUAAGGUUUCACUUAAUGGCAGAAGUGUUUCAUUUUUUGGUGCGUACUUUUUCUUGGACCGUUCUAAUGACUAAUGUUUCACAUAAUGCAUACACUGAUAGUUAAGUCUCACUGUUAUGAAGAAUUGACAUAUUUAGCUUUGCAAGUAAAACGUAUACCAAUAUUUAAGUUCAUGUCAUUACUCAUUUUACAGUUAUUGACAAGAUUUUGAAUCAUUACAUUUUUAAGAUUGAUUUAAAUCACAUUGGAUUAUGUUGAAAAAAUGUUUUGAACAUAUUAUACAAAUUCCAUAGAGAAUCCUAAUGUUUACAUUAGUCUAUUGCACAGCAGACACUGAUCGGGAUAUGAAAAUGCACUUUGAAAAUAAUUGUAAAAAUAUUAAAAAAUCUUUACACUUGCACAAUUCAACUUGUUAAAAAGGAGUAGGAGGAAGCAGUGUGUAUCUAAACAUACCCUUUCUCUACAUCUCUAACUGAUAAUUUGUUAACAGCAUGUGUUAAACAUGUUAACGCAAUCAUUGUUUAUGUUUUGUCAUGAAAAAGCUUGUUCACUUCGUGUGUUUCAGUGUUAUUUUCUAAUUGGCAAGGAAAAAUCGAAAAUGUGUAGCAAUAGAUUGAUAUGUUAUGCAGUGAUGAGCUUCUUGGGAGAUAAAGGAUAGAAAAGUAAAAAAAAUAAAAACAGGUUUGAAAAAACGUUUUGUAUUGAUAAAAAAUUCAAAACAGUAAAUGAAAUACUAUUACACUCAUCAUGACUCACAUAUUCUUUUCAAAAUACACGAUGUCAUCCGAGCUAAGCAGUGAAUCCAGUUCUACAAUUGACUCAGCUAAUCUUCUUCCCGGGAAGAGGGUAGAAUCACCAGAUGUGCUACACGACAAUGAAACAAAAUCUUUUUAAAGUGAAAAAUAAUAAUUAAUAUUUCAUUUAAAAAAAAAAAAAUUUGAAGGCCUCACCUUUCCAUAGACUCUGCCUCCACAGAAGACACACCCAACAUUUUCCUCACUUUGUUUUGAGCCUCAGUACUUAACUGGCCAUGGAAAAGUGUUUGGAGACAAGCGGCCAGUGAUGGUAGAGCGACAGGCAGGAGCUCGCACAGCACAGACAUGUGGUCAUACCUGAAAUUUGGGAAGCACAAAUACACAUAAGGAAAGGGUUUGUUCAAAACAAUGAACAGUAUUUACCUUUGCCAGCCUGUAAUGGCAAUGCCCAUAAGGUUUAGGCCAGAGGGGACAGAUGCCGCUACCUUCAACCAUUGCAGGUGGUUCUCUACAUGUCUCUGUGUGCUCGGUACAUUGGUGUAGACACAGGUGGAGCCUUUAAAGGAGCUGGCUGCCCAGACAUCUUGCAUACCAGCACUGAAGUACUUCUCUAGCAACGACACUAUAUGAACACAAAAUAUCCAUCUCUGAAUCGUGACUAUAUCAUAAUGCAAUGGAGACCACAUGCAGGUCAACAUUUUAACUUAGAAUGAAAUUGCAGCUUGUACCUGUUUUGUUUACAUCCAGAUUAGGUGUGUAAUCCCACAGCAUUGGCUGGACUUGUCCUACGAUACCACUUGCUGUGUCGUGAAAACAAUAGCGACUUGUUCAAACAUGACAUUAGUAAAAAAGACUAAAUGUUGACCUCCAAUUUAGGUGGUUGGAGGUCAGCUUGACUCAAAUCAAUGUUGCAUAACUAGGCCCCAGACACGUACGCACGUCCUAAAUAUUCUGUUGGGAUGUUAUCUGGUAAUUGAUUUAACUGAAUGUUCAAUAAAGUUUUGUUUACUGUU